AUGGCUGAUUCCCGAAGCAGAAAACGGAGAGAAGUCGCGCCCAGUUUUGGAGGACAACCAUCGCCCCCACAUCGAGUAAUUUCAUCUGACCUCGUCGAAGAUAAACCAGCGAGGCUGAAUCAAGAUGAUGUGAUCCUGAGUUACCUUGAAUACGGUAGUCCCAUUGGAUUCGUUGGUUCCCUCUGUCGCUGCUUGGAAGCUGACGGAAUUCGCGUUUUCAGAGUUUUCGACAUCCCAUCUUUUCUACCCGAAGAGCUUCGGCUGUCGGUCUCCGGCUCCAACAUCUACAUACCUAUUUUUUCACCAGCCUAUGCUUAUAGCCCCGGGUGCCUUGAGACGCUCGCACUCAUGGCAGAACACACGUCUAGAUCAGGAGGGAAGAAAGAGAUCCUGCCCUUUUUCUACAAUGUGGGACGGUCUGAUGUGCAGCUGGACCAAAAAUCACGCUACAGAGGCGCCCUGGACGAGCACAAGCAGAGAUUCGGCGAUGAGAAAGUCAAGCUGUGGGAGAAGGCUAUUGUGGGGGCUGGUAAAGUCAAGGGAUGGGAACUAAGCUCAUAUAGAAGUGAAAAGGAACUUAUCACAGCCAUCGUUGGAGAAAUUUUGUUUAACCUGAUGAUAGCACACAAUCAUGUGUCUGAGGAUCUAUCCACUGGUGAUAAUCCCAUGUUAUCUGACAGGACCUCGGUAUAUUUCUUUGCUCCCAUUCUCCUCUCUUCUCGAGUACUCUCCCCUAAAGACUUUUUCUUGCUGAGAUUGAAGAAACAACGCGGCAACCUGGAGGUGUUCACUAUCUUUCAAACCAAGUUGAUCCAUAAUAUUUUAAAAAGAGAGCAUGAGGUUGCUUCUGCUUUCGAAGGAGUACGAUUUUUGAAAAAGAUAUUUAGGAGUAUGAAAGUUCUUAUUGUUCUUGAUGACGUGGAGAAGGCAUCCCUCCUCAAGGAGUUUGUAGGAGCUAAGCUUGAUUGGUUUGGUUGUGGAAGUAGAGUAAUUGUCACCUCAAAAGAAAGCAGAGUUCUUCAAGGGUUUGUUGCUCAAGGGUUGGCUCAUACUUACAAUGUUAAUCCGAUGGAUGAUAAUCGAGCUUUCAACUUUUUCUGGCAGUAUGCUGCAAGCGGAAAGAGUGAUGAACUACGAUCUUAUGUUAAAAUUGCAAUCGAAAUAGUGAAGGCUGCGAAGGGACUUCCACUACUUGUCAAAGUUUUUGGUUCUUUUUGCAAUAUAAAGGACUGGAAGAAUGGAUUAAAUUCAAAGAUCUCAUGCAACAAUUUCAGGAAGAUUACCAGAAGAUUCUGA